UAUGUGUGUGCCUGUGUGAGUAUGAGUGCGUGUUAUGUGUGUGUCAUCAUCAGCUGUGUUGUGGUGAAGUGCGGGGUGUGCAUACCGCCGCCUUCGGGAGGAACCAACCAUUCCAGCCAUGGCGAAUGAGGGCAUAUCUAUCAACAGCACCAAUGCGGAGUUCGGGGGUGGCGACACGGAGACUGUGGUGGGCGUGAACAGAAAGGAGAAAGCGCCACUCUUAUCUCAAAGAAGACUUUUCCGGAGCCUGAGUGGGCGUGACAUAUCCAGCAAUGGCUCAGAAGGAUCAAAUCCAAAGCGCACUCUUGGCACCUUUGGAGGCGUGUUUGCUCCUGUGUGUCUGUCCCAGUUCAGCUCUCUCCUCUUUUUGCGUGUGGGUUUCAUUGUGGGGAACUUGGGAUUGCUGGUGGCAUGUGGAUCCUUGACCCUCGCCUACGCAAUAUUGCUUUUCACCAUCCUCUCUAUCUGUGCCAUCUCUACCAAUGGUGCUGUUGAGGGAGGAGGAGCAUACUAUAUGAUCAGCCGAACCCUUGGUCCAGAAUUUGGUGGAGCAAUUGGAAUAUUAUUCUUCUUUGCAAAUGUGUUUAGCAGUGCCCUGUAUACCACUGGGUGUGUUGAAGGCUUGGUGGAUAAUUUUGGUGAAAGUGGGAGUUUAGCACAGUUCUUGCUGGAUGGAAAAUGGUAUCAAUUUGGCUAUGGAUCAGCAGUGAAUGUCUUCAACAUGUUGGUGUGCCUUAUUGGAGCUGGAUUAUUUGCAAAGCUUACUGUCGUGAUUUAUGCCGUUGUCCUUAUCUGCACUGGUUCUGUCAUUCUCAGUUAUUUAGUUGAACAUGAUGCAAUAUCAGUUCCUAUUCCAUCUUCAAAUCCCAUAGUAAAUGACACCCAUCCUCUGAAUGGCACAUACACUGGGUUUUCAGCCAAAACUCUAAGGAAUAAUUUAUAUAUCAAUUAUUCUCAUGAUUACACCAACUGUGAUGAUGAUGAGAAUUAUUCCACUUGUAUAUCAGUGAAUUUUGCCAUGACCUUUGGAGUUUUGUUCAGCGGUGUCACAGGCAUCAUGGCUGGAGCCAAUAUGUCUGGAGAAAUGAAGGAUCCAGGGAGAAGCAUUCCAAGGGGAACUCUUAUUGCUGUUCUCUUUACUUUUGCUACAUAUCUGCUUUUAUUUGUUUUGACGGCUGCUACAACAGAGAGAUUCCUCUUGACAAAUAAUUACAUAUUUAUGAUGGGGAUCAGUUUAUGGAAGCCUUUUAUUACGAUUGGUAUUAUAACAGCUACAUUAAGUGCCAGUUUAAGUAAUAUUAUUGGAUCUUCAAGAGUCCUGGAAGCUUUGGUGAAAGACAAUAUAUAUGGAAGGCUCACCCAUUUUAUUGGACUAAUGUCUAUUGGAAGUAACCCAAUUGGAGCAGUGAUUGUGUCUGCCAUAUUAGUUGAAGCUGUUUUGCUUAUUGGAGGACUGAAUCAAAUUGCAGAAUUUACUUCCAUCUUCUUUCUUUUGUCAUAUUUGGGAACCAAUUUGGCAUGUCUUGGAUUGGAAUGGGCCAGUGCUCCAAACUUUAGGCCAACAUUUCACUACUUCUCCUGGUGGACAUCUGUUUUGGGGAUGAUUGGCAAUGGUGCCAUGAUGUUUGUCAUCAGUCCUUCAGUAGCAGCCAUCUGCAUAAUCCUGCUGCUAGUGUUGAUUAUUAUUCUUCAUCUCCGCUCACCCUCAGAGGAACAUCAGUGGGGAUCUAUCUCUCAGGCUCUUAUAUUCCAUCAGGUUCGAAAAUAUCUGUUGCUGCUGGAUUCAAGAAAAGACCAUGUCAAGUUUUGGCGGCCACAGAUGUUGCUGUUGGUGAAUAAUCCUCGAUCAGCUUGUCCUCUUAUUGACUUCACCAAUGACCUCAAAAAGUCUGGUCUAUAUGUAUUAGGCCAUGUCAAGGUUGGUAACUUUGAUGAUGACUCCAAAGACCCGGCUGCACAAGACUACCCAAAGUGGAUGGCACUAGUGGAUCAUUUGAAGGUGAAAGCCUUUGUGGAGGUAACUGUGGCACCCUCAGUGCGGGAUGGUCUGCACCACCUGGCCCGGGUGUCUGGUCUUGGAGCCAUGAAGCCCAAUACCAUCUUGCUAGGAUUUAAGGACAACACUCCAUCCCAAGAUUUUUUCACAAGAUACGAGAUAUCAGCGUCAUUUUCUUAUGGCUCUAUUGCUGCAGAAACUGAAGAGAAUGCGCAGCUUGGAGAUUCUUCUCCAUUUAAUGUUAGCAGCUAUCAGGCAACUUCUCCAGUUUCAUCUUCUCCAUCCCUUCUGACGCAAGCAUCGGCCACAAGCUCACGUAUCACAACAGAAGAAUAUGUGAAGAUGAUAUUAGAUGUUCUCAACUUGGGGAAAAAUGUUUGUGUUUGUCGGCAUUUCCAUCAGAUGGACAAAGCUGCAAUGUUUAGAAAAGGAAACAAGCAAAAGUAUUUCAUUGAUGUUUGGCCUGUUGACUUCCUCAAUCCUGAUGAUUCCAACAUAUUUGGAACAACAUCCUUAUUCCUGAUGCAGCUUGCAACUAUUCUUAACAUGGUAUCUUCAUGGAGAAAGAAAACAAUGCUGCGAGUGUUUCUGUGUGUAUCAUCUCGAGAUGCUGAUCCAGAAGCCCAGAAGACUCAAGUGAAGAAAAUGUUGCAAGAGUUACGUAUCAAUGCCACUAUUGUUUCUGUUCCAUGGGAUCAUGUCACCACACACCUGCAUAAGGAUGGAGAUGGUGGACACUCAGAUGCAGAGGCAGAAACUAACAUGAACUACUUGUCUCGACUCAAUGAAGAAUACAUUAAUGGGGUCAAUGGAUUAAUAUCUGGACAAAGUGUAGACACAGCUGUAACUUUCCUCCAUCUUCCCUGCCCUCCUGCAAAUCCAGCUCUACAUGUGGACUAUCUGAGGCUCCUUACAAGCAUCACCAAUGGCCUCAAACCAACAGUCAUGGUUCAUGGUAUAUCUGCUGUCACCACCACCAAUUUGUAAUUCCAUCCACAGGGUUUUCCCACUGAAAUUGGAAAAUGUGAUUUUUAGUGAUAAUGUAAUUUUUAGAUCAGAAUUGUAGAUUUAUUUAACUAAGUAGCUGUUUUAUUGCUUUGCAGAUUUUAUAACCAAAGAAAGGUUAGGGAUUUGAGUUUAAGUUCAUUAAUGGUCUUGUAUCUAUUGCUUGAGUGUGUGUUAAACAAAUGUGAUUACGUGAUGGUAAUUUAACAUAUUCCAAAUAAAUAAAUUUUAUUCUAAUUAUUUAAAGCAUGCAAGUAAUUUUAUAAGAGCAAGAGGUGAUUUUAUUCACGUUUGGUUAAGAGAACUUUAAAAUUGUAUAUUUUUUAGCUGUACUGUAGGUGCAUUUCUAAGAGUGUCCAAAGGACUUCAUAAGGUGCACUGAACACUGAAAGUCAUUGUUUUAUUGAUUUUUUUAGAUCUUAAUCUAUGUAGAUUAAAAAAAGUAGAUAUAUAUUAAGAAUUAUGCUUUAAUAAAAGAUUAGUUGUCAUUGUAUAGAACACAUUAAAGUAGGGAUAAAGUUAUAAAGAUCAAUAUAAUUUCAGUUGUUGGUAGAUUGCAUCUCAGUUUUUUAAGUUGAUGAAUUCAGUAUGGAACCCUUUAUUUGUUAUUCUGUCCUCUUGAAUGCAGCACCUGUAUGAACAUAUGUUUGCUGAAUUUUACAAAUUAAGUGAAUAGAGCUUCAUACCAAUUUCAGUGUCAUACACUUAAUGAAUUAAUAAUCUAGGGGAAUGGGAGGCUUGGAAGUUCUCAGAGCAUACUGAGAAAAAUACUGAGAAACUACAUGGAGGCUCAAGCUCCUCCUUGCUGUUACCAUUGUGAUAGCCAUGAAUGGUCUGAUCUGCUUUAGUUAUGCCUUUAUUUUCUGUAGAAGUUGUUUUAUGCCUACCAUAAACCUAUCAUGCUUUUUGGUCAAUAAUGGUAUUUUACACAGUUUUAUUGUUCUACUUAUUCAGAGGAAGGUGAACACCUAAUGCAUCAGGUCCCAAGCCCAAACAUGGUUGAUUAAGGGUUCCCAUACUUUCUAUCAGACCAUCAACAUAGCUACAUGUUUGUAUAUUUUCACUACAUCUGGCUAACUCUCCAUGUAUCUAUCUGUAUCUAUCUUUGCCUAUUUAUUCUCUGAUCUAUAUCUGUAGGUAUAAAUCAGUUAUUCUGUAUAUCUAGGUUGAUAUGUACACAUGUAUCUAUUCCUUCUGAUGGCUGUUCUUCAAAGAUGUGGUCUAUAAUAUGUCUCAAUGCUUGCUCCUAUUUAUACAUUACAUUUUAACAUACCUCACUCCUUUCAGUGUAAAACCUCUCCUUUCUUAUUUACACUCAUGUUCUUUGUCUUCCCACUCUCAUAAGAUCUAACCCAAAAAAUUUCCAUUUACAUUGAAAAGCAACAAGCUUAGAACUGCAAAUAACCAAUGAAAGAGUUUAUAUCAGCCAUUUCCUUAUAUGAAAUGGGAAGGCUUUAAAGAUUUGAUCUCUGAAGUCUUGAUACUCCUCACCCAAAGGAUGCCAGAUCAUAGAUAAAAAAAAAAAAAAAAAAAAAAUCAAAUAAAUCAUCAUGUCAGAACUUAUCUGCAAAAGGGACAGAGUGAAGAUAUACCUAUAUUUGUGAGAUAAACUUUUCAGACAUUCCUAGGUAUCUAGUGAUCCAAGUGAAAUCCUGUGUCACUACAAAUGUGAACAUGGCACUUCCACUCUUUAUGAGCCAAAAUGAAAAUCAUUUAGAUCAUUACACCAGCACUUCACAAAUGAAAUCUAACACAUGUAAACAUCUUAUUGUUGUCAUGAAUAACAAUGAUAAGAAAAUAAUAAAAAAAAAAAAAGGAAUUGUAGUGGUACCUAUAAAAUAAUGAGAUUUGCAUUGAUUUCCAUAGAGGUCUAAGCAGUUACUUGCAUUGUUUCAUAAGUUAAAUUGACUGGAACAUACUUCAUCCAUCAGACUGCAAGAGUUUUUCUUAAAGAUUAUCAAAAACUAAUAAGGUAUCAACUCAUUAGCCAUUUUUUUUCUGUGACAGGUUUUUGUUUACAGUAUUGUUGGAAAGAUAUUCUUUGUAAAGACCACUGGAAUUAACUAACCCCGAACCCAAUCAACAUGUGCAUAGCAAUGUAUUUUCAGAACAUCUUUUAUAGAUUUCUCUCCCAACACAGAAUGAAGUGCAUUCCCAGUCUUAUUUCUGUUAAAUCUAAUUUCUUGUUUCAAGCAAUGUGCUUAGAAUUUGUUCCUUUUAUUACAUGGGUUUCUUGUUCAUAUGGUUCUCAGAGUUCCUUAACUACCUUCAGCUAACUAUAGUAAGUAUGAAAGAUGGAAAGAAUUAUGAACCCCUGAAGAUGGUGCAGCUUAUGGAUCUGGACCAAAGAGGGACUCAAAAUUUAUUUUAGCAUCCCUAAUUCAUACCUCUAUAUUCUUUUUCAUUAUUAUUAGUAUUUUUUUUUCCAUCAUUAUUAUACCUAGAAGGAGGAGGGAGGACUGAUACUGCAUAAAUGCCCUUCUGUUUCAAGUGCUGCGCUGAUUAAAGAUUACCUAUUUUUAUAUGUACAAAAAUUUACCAUGUCUUCAGAUUUACAAAUAGUAUGUGUGGUUUUGGCAAUUUUAGACAAAUAGGCAUGUGAACCUUCAUGAUCCCCUAUGAUGUGUGCACCAGUGGCACAGAGAGAGUCUUUAAUGGUGAGGGAAAAGUUGUUCAUGAGGUGGUACCAUUUAGGUGCUGCAGCAUUCAUGAUGGGUUGUGACUUAGUAAAAGUCAAACUUGACUUUAGUAUGAUGCACAUUAAGAUAGACACAUGCCACUCCAUGAUUACUCUGCCUCUGAUGCAGACUCUAUAUAUAUAAAGUUACAGUACACAGUAUGAAUGCAUUAUGAAAUAGCAUGUAGGUGUUGAAGGUGUGAUUUUAUAUUAUGUAUAAGUAAUGGAUUACCAUUUUAAUUUUAAAGAGGUUGUCUCAUGGCUUUCAAGAUGUUAAAAUGUUUAAAAAUGCAGCAAGAAGUAUUCUGAAUUAAACAAUAUUAUAUUAAAUUGGAAUCUAACUAAAUUUAUUGUCAGUAUCCCAGUGUGAUAUAAUUCAUGAGAGUACUUUCAAAAGUCUCAUAUAGUGCUUCAAAAAUUCCACUGAAUUGACAGAUUACUAUUUUUAUUUUGCUCUUCAUUUUGUGAAAUAUGAUUGUAUCAUUAAAUAUUAUUUAUAGAUUUGCAUAUCUCCUUAUUACCUCCAGCUGACUCAUAAAACAGCUUGCAUCAGUAGUGAGGUAUGUCAUCUUUGUAUUUUUUUUUUAUGUAGAAGGGACACUGGCCAAGGGCAACAAAUAUCCCCCCCAAAAAAGGAAAAAAAGAAAAAAAAAAAAGCCCACUGAGAUGCCAGUCCCAGAAAAGGGUCCAAAGCAGUAGUAAAAAAUUGAAGGAUAAGUGUCUUCAGUACCAUGUACAGUCAAUUUGCAGAUGUUGGCGAUGCAGGAAGGCUUCAGUGUAACUGGAAUCAUGUCACACAUAACCAAAACUCAAAAGCCUUGAUGUGGUAUUUGAAAUAGAUGAAUUUCACUUUUAUUUAUAAUGGUAUUAAUUGUCAUGCAUUGUGGUGUGACAAUUAUACAGAAAGCUGGCAUAAUGAAACACCCUCUUUAUUUAUGGUGAGAUUUGGAGGAAUCAUGUGAUGUGGAAAGGUAAAGAGGAUGUUACAUCAAAUACAGAAUGAUGUCAUCAUAGUUUAUAAGGAAUAGUUUAGAGGGGAGUUUAGUGUUUGUGGAAUUAGAAUAUAUGAGUAGAAGUGAGUAGGUUAUUUGUAUUUGCUGAGAAUAAGAUUGUGAUAGAAUUAUGAAUGAUGAAACCAAAUAAUUAGUAAGUGAUAUAGAUGUUUAAUUAUUCAUUACUACUCUUGUCUGUGGCUUAAGAAAGGAAAAUCCAAACAACUCGAGUAGAAUUUGAUUUUAAUUCUGCUGUGUUAAAGUGAUUUAUCAGUCAGUAUGUAAAAUUGUACCUAAUGCUGUUGUUAAUGUAAUUAAGUAAUAAUUAUUACAAUUGUAAUGAUGCUACAUAUUUUUAUCUUUGUUGUUGUUGUUGUUGUUAUUGUUAUUAUUAUUAUUAUUAUUAUUAUUAUUAUUAUUAUUAUUAUUAUGACAUUAUUCUCGUUAUCAAUAUUAUCAAGUAUACUGUCAUCGUCAUUAUUGCCAUUAUUAUGAAAAAUUCAUAAAUAUGAGGCCUAGCAUUUUCAUGGGCAGGUGGCAUAGGUAUUUGGGUUGAUCUUUUUUGUUGAAGCUGUUUGUUCAGCAGGAAGUAAUAUAACAGAUGCAGGAUGGAGUUGUGACCUCACAAUUCAACUGGAGUAGUUGGCCAGCAACCCUCUCCUUGUGUGUGUGUGUGUGUGUGUGUGUGUGUGUGUGUGUGUGUGUGUGUGUGUGUGUGUGUGUGUGUGUGUGUGUGUGUGUGUGUUUUAGAUUUUUUAAAAAUGCCCAUGAUUGUGUAUGCUAUGCCACACAAAUGGUAGAUAGGCAAUAUAUUGAAAUAUGGUAACUCA